UCAUAACUAUAAAUACGGUUACAACCUCUUCGACAGACAUCACAAACCCAAACAAACCACAAUCAACAUGUUCGCUCUAUUCGCAUUAUCGCUAGUUUGCUUCCAAGCUUACUAUGUAUCGUGUGAAGAAUAUUUUGUGCCAGAGAACAUCAGCGUAGAUGAAAUCAUCAAGAACGACCGUCUAACGAGAAACUAUUUGGACUGCGUUCUGGAAAAGGGUAAAUGCACGUCGGAGGGAGAGCAACUGAAAAAGGCGAUCCCCGAGAUUCUACAAAAUCGGUGCUCCAAGUGCAGCGAAAAGCAUAAGGCGGCUGUAAAGAAAGUGCUUCACCACUUGAUUGAGAAGAAGCCAGAAUGGUGGAAGGAAGUUGAGGGUAAAUUUGACCCACAAGGCGACUAUAAGAAAAAGUACGACGACUACUUGGCGAAAGAAGGAUUGGUUUAUUAGUUGGUUUGUGUUGUAUAUUUGUUAUAUCCUUGCACUAGUCUACCAGUCACGUUAUUUCCAUGUAAAAAACGAUGUUUAUGAUAAUUAUUUACACAAUACA